AUAGCAAUUGUUGAUAACAAUAGGGUAGAUACAGUUUUCAUAGUUGCAUUGUUUAUGUCGCAGUUUUAGGUGUAUAUUAAUUUUAGGGUAAUUUGAACGGAGGGGUCGCAAGCAAAUGGAAGAGACGGAUGAUUCGAGAAUCAAAGACGCAGAGGCGGAAAACUUGAGGCCGAAACGGAAAUCUGGAAGCAAAUGUAGAAAAUCGUCCAUCAACACAGAAUCCACAACUCCGGAAAACUGCAAUUCUAAGCGGCCACCUCUUCGAAGAGGAAGUUCCUUUACUUUUUUAACACCAGGAUCAAACUGGGAUUUUACUUUGAAAAGAAAAAGAAGGGAUAAAGAUGAUGAUGUUGUUAGUCUAUGCAGCUUUGAUUUUAAGGAGCCAAGUCACAAGCGGGUUCGCCCCCUUAGCAGGGUGACUUCACUGGCUAAUCUAAUCUCACCUGUAAGAAAUGGCGCUGUCAGGCGCUUUGGACAUACAAUUCAGUCCAUCUCUUUUCGAAGUGACAGCAAGUCACCAAAUAGUUCCCAGAAGUCCUGCAGCAAAGCAGCGGCACCCACCCCACCAAAACGGCGCAAUAGCACCCUUUGGUCUGAGACACUUGAUGUUAACAAAAAGGGAACGUUUUCUGCCAAAGAAAUCAAAAGACAGGAGGCUAUUUUUGAACUGUACAGAGGAGAGCAAGAUUUAAUUGAUGACCUGAAGUUGGCUCGAAAGGCUUACCAUGACCCCAUGCUGAAGCUGUCUAUUAUGUCUGAGGAUGAACUGACUCAAAUAUUUGGAGAUCUGGAUUCCUAUAUCCCCUUACAUGAAGACCUUCUGGAACAACUCACAAAAGCUACAGAUCCAGAUGGGACAGUGGGGCAGAUUGGACACAUAUUUAUUAAAUGGCUGCCAAGACUCAAUGCAUAUAAAAAAUACUGCAGUAAACAGCUGGCAGCAAAAGCAUUGUUGGAUCAGAAAAAGCAAGACCGCAGAGUUCAGGACUUUCUCCAGCGAUGUCUCGAGUCCCCAUUCAGCCGAAAACUCGACCUCUGGAGCUUCCUGGACAUUCCACGGAGCAGACUGGUCAAAUAUCCCCUGCUUCUGAAAGAGAUUUUAAAGCACACUCCAAAUGACCAUUCUGAUAUUGAGACGUUGGAAGAAGCUAUUUCAAUAAUCCACGGUGUACUUUCUGACAUCAAUGUAAAGAAAGGUGAAUCUGAAUGCCAGUAUUACAUUGACAAAUUAGACUACCUUGAUGAAAGACAAAAAGAUCCACGAAUAGAAGCCAGUAGGACACUGUUGUGUCAUGGAGAGCUGAGGAAUAAGAGUGGAACUAAACUGUAUGUAUUCCUUUUUCAAGACAUCUUGAUUUUAACCAGGCCGGUGACCCGUAGUGAUCGGCCUUACUACCAGGUUUAUCGUCAGCCAAUUCCAGUAGAAGAACUGGUUCUGGAGGACUUACAAGAUGGAGAUGUUCGAAUGGGAGGCUCAUUCAGAGGAGCUUUCAGUAACGCAGACAAAGCCAAAAACAUCUUCAGAGUUCGAUUCCAAGAUCCAUCUCAGGGCCAGUCACAUACCUUGCAAGGCAACGACAUAUUCCACAAACAGCAGUGGCUCAACUGUAUCCGUGCCGCUAUUGCUACACACCAGCAGAACCAUUCUCCAUUGAAGGAGAAACAAGAAACUGUAGAGACCCACGAACAGAACUCCCGAGUGGGAAGUACCAAGGAGAAGCGGCGCGAGUCUGUUCUCUCUGGAAUUGUUCAUAUGGAAGCAGAUGAGAUUUCUGAAUCAGGGUCUGUUCAGGAUGACACAACAGAGGAGACUGAAAACCUACAGGUGGCUGUCAACAAGACGCCACCAGUUCACAAAUCAAAAAAGGACAAAUCCCAAUCAGGGGGCAAAAGAAAAGAAACAGUUGUGUAAAUAGUGUCUGUUGCUGCACUCCAAUGAAUUGUUGUAUUUAUAAGUGUUACAUUUUUGUUUUGUCUUAAGAAAUGUAAUAAUUUCUUUUGUUUUUUUAUUUUAUUUUUCAUGAUGGCAGCUACAUUUGUCGAGUCUGUUAUACUUUCUGUAUAACAUUAGGGUUUGUUUUUAAAGUUGUGAACUUUUACUUAAAAGUAUUCCAACAGUAUGCCAAUUUCCUAAAAGUGAAUCUGAUCAUCUGAAACCCCGAUUUUCAGUGUAAUAAAUGAGCACAUACCUAUUAGAGUUACACACAUGCGUUUAAGUGUGUCCAUGGGUGUAAUUUGCAGCCAGAAAUGAUUUCCUUAAUAUUGUAAAUAAGUAUUAUAGCCGUUAUUACACUUUGGAAAAUAUGGAUCAGAUAAAAAAUGAGAUUGUUCAUUCUGUAAAUUGUUUGAUGUAAAUAAGGGGUCACUAUAGAGCAUGCUGUGUUUUUUUAGACUGUUCUGGAACACACUGUCUUACAAAUGUAAAUAGACAUUCCUUCUUAUAUGGACAUAUUUUCUAAGCAUAUUAAUGACCUUGAAUCAUAUUAUUUGUAUUUUAUAAUUGAACUCCACCAUAUUUUAUUAUUUUUUUAAACAAUUUUAAACAAGCAGUUGUAGAGAAGAUAGAGUAGGUUUUUUCCCCCGUAUUGCCCUUUUUUUUUUGUAUAUUGUUAAAACCUACAAUCUGAGCCAUGGUAAUGCUGAGCCAAAAGUGUUCACCAUAAAGCCAAACAAACUCAUUCAGAGUCACAUCUUGCAUGUGGAUUUGUGUUUUUGGACUGAUGUUGUUACUGCAAGCAUUGAAAAUAUAUAUAUUUAUAUAUACAGUAUAUAUGUAUAUAUAUAUUUUUAUUUGUGGAACUACUGAGAGAAGCCGUGUACAGAAGACUGAUAAGGUAGCUGAUAUGUUGAUAAAGGUUAGUGCAUCUAGUUUUUAAAAUGUAAAAAAGGUUUUGAGUGUUGCUCUUUUUUUGUGAAGAGCUAUGACUUUUAAGCUCAGAUGAAGGAUUUCGUUAGAAAAAUUAGUGACUAUGAGCUUUAAGAGUGAUGGGAUUUGCAUGUGAGGAAGGUGAAAGGAGAAGGAUAUGGUACGUUGUAAUUUACAUUACUUGUAAGUAAAGAAGGUUUGAGGAAUGUGCAGUUUUCAAAUUGUGGUAUACAAUAUCAAGAGAUGAAGUACAAUAAAAUUAAGUGUUAGCAGAA